AAGGAGUUUUUACUCGCGCUCAGACGGUCCAGGCCACUUCCAGGCCUCAACUCAGAUCCAACCGAUCAACUGCCGUUCAAAAACCAAACGCUCUCCACUUUGUCUUCGAGCUGACUGCGACGCCGGAAGAGAUCAGCACCGAGAAGAUCCGACGGAUAUGGAGUUCCCAUUUGGUCAUCACACUCACGGACACCACCGGAGAGACGGCGACGACGACGACGAAGAAUCCCCAAGAAACCGGCCCUACCCGCCACCUGGAUCCACCCUCCCACCCGACUUCGACGGCCAGCCUCCUCCUCCGCGCCCACCCUUCUACGGCGGCUGUGGCGACGACUUCGCCCCGCCCCCGCCUCCACCGUUCGACGUGUACCACACCUCGUACUCGACUCCCCCCUCUGGUUACCCUCCGCCUCAGGACCGUUUCGACUCCGGUUAUUCCUCCGACUUCCCUCCACCGCCUCAGAGUUUUUCUCAAGAAUCAACUGAGUACUCCGAUUACCCGCCACCGCCGCCGCCUCCGUCCGCGACCGUCCAGCAAGUGGCCGACGAAGUCGAUGAGCCGAGCGAGACCCACCAUUCUCAUCGCCCCCACAUGCCUGCUUUCCUCCAUCAUCAUACCCUGCAUCAGUCUGACUCUGGUCCCGCUGCUGCUGCUUCCGGUGGUGGAGCUUUGGGCUCUUAUUUCGCCAACAGGCCCACUUACAAAGUUUAUUGCAAGGCUGAGCCCAAUUAUUCGCUCACUAUAAGGGACUCAAAAGUCAUUCUCGCAUCCUCUGACUCCAGUGAUCCUUAUCAAAAAUGGUACAAGGAUGAGAAGUUCAGCACUAGAGUUAAGGAUGAGGAGGGGUUUCCCUGCUUUUCUCUGGUUAACAAGGCCACUGGUGAGGCCAUCAAGCACUCUGUUGGAGCCUCUCACCCGGUACAGCUGGUACCCUAUAAGCCAGAGCAGCUUGAUGAAUCUGUUCUGUGGUCAGAGGGCAAGGACCUAGGUGAUGGUUACAGAACUGUAAGGAUGGUUAACAAUGUUCGCCUUAAUCUGGAUGCUUUUCAUGGUGACAAGAAAUCCGGAGGCGUCCAUGAUGGCACAACUAUCGUGCUCUCGCAUUGGAACAAAGGAGAUACUGAGAGAUGGAAGAUCACGCCAUACUAAUACGUGGGAGUUCCUGAGUUUGGAGGUUGCGUCUUAUUUGCUGGAUAUGCGGUUUGGUGGAUUGUUAUGCUUCCAUGUGAGUUUGUGUUGUGAUCUCGAACAUUGCUUGGAUCUCCAUGUGUGAUUAAGACUCAACUACUAUUGUGUAUUACUUGUACUGUGGAUGUUAUAGUGUUAUCAAUGCGUGUAAUUACACCGCAGACUAUAU